AUGUCAUCAGAUUCCGAUCGUGCCAAAGAUCAAGAUCAUGUCUUUAAAUUAAUUAAAGAUAUUCAAUUUGCUAUGUUGACAACAACAGAUGAAGAUGGUAGUCUUCGUGCACGCCCUAUGGCAUAUAAACAAGGUGAUAGUGAUUCAAAAACUGAACUUUGGUUUUUCACACGAACAGAUUCGUCUAAAGUGCCAGAAAUCAAGAAACAUUCGCACGUUAAUGUGUCAUUCAGUAAUCCAUCUCACCAAUCGUACGUCAGUAUUAGUGGACGUGCGGAAGUUAUCAAAGAUAAAGCUAAAGCAAAAGAACUAUGGAAUCCAUAUUUAAAAGCUUGGUUUCCACAAGAACUCGAUGACCCUCAUCUAGGUUUACUUAAAGUAACUAUUGAAGGAGCUGAAUAUUGGGACUCAGCAUCAUCCAUCAUGGUUCGAGCUGUUGGCUAUGUCAAGGCGGCUUUUGGUGAUGGAUCAACUCUCGAAGGUGAAAACAAGAAAAUACUAACUAGCUUUACACUAUUUUCUCCACGUUUAUGUACAUGUAUUUCGUAUACAUUAAAAUAA